UUAGAGCUAUGAAAAUUUACUUAAAACAAAAAGUGAACUGAAGAACAGAUAAUGUACAAUUAAAUCGCGGAAUUGAGGAACUGAUAAGACACGGCUUUGCGACUAUUUUUCCUUCAAUCAUAUUCCAGUUCCAGCAGUUGCCGUCGGGGCUUUAUUCGAUUGGUUGGGAUUUGCGGGUUCGAUUGAAACAGUCCCUUGUUGAGUGAAAGGGGAGGUAAAGAAGUAUCCCUGCGGCUAAUCUUCGGAGUUUUUCUAGAAUGUGUGCAGUGUAAAGUGGUUUUUUUGGUUGACGGAGAAGUUUUUACAAUUUUUUAAAAGGUUUUUAUUCGCGAUCACCCACAACCAAAAUGACGGAAAUAAGAUUAAACGGCGAGGCCGCUGAAAAUUCACAUCGUCCUCAAAAUCAGCAACACCACACGCACGAAGAACAGCACGUGAACAAUGCAGAACCGCUGCGUGGAACACAGUUAGAUGACGACAAUAGCGAAAAUGGGGAGAAUCCUUUCAUAUCUUCACACAUAUCCAAUCGACCUCAAUACCCAACCAAAGUUGUAGUCAAAGACUCCAGUUUUUUGGACCCGAUCUACAGGCUCUUGGGAUUUCAGAACAAAAACUCAGAUAAUGAGUAUGAAUGCACAGUACGAGAAAUAGGAACGCUUAUAAUGCUUGCCUUCCUAUUAGUAGCCUUCUUCGUUAGUACCACAGGAUUUUUCGUCAUGUGGUUUACAGAUGUAUAUAAUAAUCAAUUUACGUCGAAAUUAAUCUUAACAAAUAACUCAAUGGCAGCAGAAUGGUGGAUAAAGCCACCACUAAGUACCCAUUUAAAAGUACACAUUUUCAAUUACACGAAUCUGGACGAUUUCUUAAGUGGUAAAGCGAAAAAGCUGAAGGUUACGGAUUUAGGGCCGUACACAUAUUCAGAAAAUGCAACCAAGACGCAAGUACAAUUCAACAAGAAUUCAACAGUUACAUUUAGAGUGAAUCGACGGUACACUUUUAUGCCGGAAUAUUCGACAGGCAAACAAUACGAUCAGGUGACCGUUCCGAAUGUCCCAUUCAUAACUGUGCUAGACACGAUGAAGAGGCAGUCCUAUUUCGUCAGGAUGGCAACCAAGAUUGGAGUAGAGUCAGCUAGUCCGAAGUUAUUCAAUACUGUUGCAGCAGAUUCUUUGCUAUGGGGCUACACAGAUCCUUUGGUGGAAUUCAUACAUGCUUUCAAACCUUUUGAAAAUGGGAAGUUUGGCUUGUUGGUUAAUAGAAACGGUACAAGUAAAGAUAUAUACCAAAUCUACACAGGAGAGAGCGAUAUCAAAAAACUAGGCAUCAUCAGCGAGUUCAAUGGGCAAAAGAAAAUGAACUUCUGGUCUACCGAAAGUUGCAACAAGUUGGAUGGCACAGAUGGUUCGCAGUUCCCACCAUACCUUAUGGACAAAAAGAAAAGGCUGGAAGUGUUUAUCCCAGCAAUGUGUCGUAAACUUCCUCUAGAGUAUGACUCUGAGGUAAACCUGUUCGAAGGGGUACCUGCAUGGCGAUAUAAGACACCAGCGAGUGUGUUCGCACAUCCUAACAUUAAUCCUGAAAAUCAGUGUUUCUGCCAUAUUGAAACCGGAGUAUGUUCGCCUAGUGGAGUGUUCAAUGGUACUUUAUGCUAUGAUGCGCCUGUAUAUGUUUCGUUUCCACAUUUUUAUGGGGGCGAUCCAGUUUUGUAUCAACAAUUUGAUGGUAUCAAGCCAGAUUCCAGCCUCCAUCAAACAUAUGCUGAUAUCCAUCCUCGACUGGCUUUCCCAAUUGGUGGUGCUUCGCGGAUACAGAUUAACGUUCAGCUAGAUGACUUUGAGUUCUAUGGCCUUAAGAAGGGAGCUAUGAAAAGAAAUAUAAUUUUACCGGUGAUGUGGCUUGAAGUUACCUCAGGUGAAAUCAAUGACGAGCUACGGGCAAUGAUCUACCACAGCACCUUCAGUGCAAAUGCCAUUCAACUAGCACUAAAGUAUGGAACAUUACUCACGUGCGUGACAACCCUUGCAUUAAUAGUGGCUGCUUGUUACUAUCGGGGGAAGAAUAAUGAUAUUCCAGAGAAGGAAAAAGAUCGGGACCUAGAAAAUCUAAACAAAAAUGGUAUCAAUACGUAGGACUUAUCGGAUUAGCAAUUAUUUAGCUACUUAUAAAGUAUGUAUAUGAUAUUGGUUACUGACUAUGUUUACAGAUAAUUCCGGAAAUUGUAUAAAUAAUUCAUUGUUAGCUUGAAAAUAUCCCUCUUUUGGCUGCUGCAUUUCAAGGUUCUAGAAAUCACCUCGGAAAGAAUUCGAAGCAAAAAGUAGAAUAGGAACCGGGAAAUGUUCAUAUUAAGCUUAUGAGUAUUGUAGAGGAGUAGGCAGAUCGAAUACCGCAUUUAAACUGGACAAAAAACAAGCUCGAAAAUUUCGCUAUUUAAAAUUGUACAAAGUUAAAGUUUGAUCCAAUAGAUUGGGCUCCUAUUUUGGAUAGAAAAGUCCUUAUACCAGGAAAAGUAGGUAAAAAGUCCACAUCUCCUUCAGUGGCUUUGUGCUCGAUUAUAGUUACUUCCUUUGAAAACUGGCUUUAUAUUGACGUGUAAAGUUAUAAACAAAGAUUGUACGAUCGUAUACGUAACAAAGAACAAAGUAGAAAUUCAUACAUCUAAAAAGUGUAGUUAAACAUAAACGCGAAUACGCCAAAUAUGUCAAUUUCAGAAUUAAUGCUCAAUAGAAAACUAGGAACGAAGGUCGAAAAUAAUUUUACUGAAUCUUUUGCAAGUGACAUGCAUUCUAAGAUACUCAAUUUUGUUUGAUUGUUUUUUAUAUUGAAUGACUUUUAGAAUUAGUGUUUAUCAUUUAAGCUUAGUCAUAGAUAGAUCUUUCAGAGAAAAACAAGAAAUAUAUGUAUUUCCCAACUUGGGAGUAGAAGAUUUUGUAGCUUUCGUGUUGUAAAUAAAAUAAACUGAAAGUUAAGCGUCA